AAAUGGUUCAAAACGACAAUUUGCUUCCGUUUUGCUACUUUGAUCACAAGAUGGAAGGCCAUCUAUAUUUGGUUUGUUUGAUAUCCAUCUUUUUGCGUGGCAGUUACACUCUUCAAGCUACAUCAACAUGUGCAAGAAGGUCAGAAGCUGAUACUCGAUGUGGAAUAUCUUGCUAUGAUGACCCUGAAUGUGGCUCUAGGAAGACUUGUCUAUGUGACGGUCCUUGCGGGAUGAGUUGCCUCAAAAGAGGCCGAAAGUGUCGCCGUAACUAUUAUAAAGCUCCUAUUAAUGGAAAUCGAACUGUCAGUGGUAACAAAUUAGGUGAUACCAUUGUCUACAGUUGCAAAAGAGGAUAUACACUUGUUGGACCGAGUGUUCUAACAUGCAGUGGCAUUCGUAAGUGGAAGCCAUGGGACCAAGGAGAGCCAAAAUGCGUGAUGGGUUGUGCAUCACCUAAGCUCCCACCCAGUGCCGUUAUCAGAAGGAACAAAAAAGACCGUUACACGUAUGGGGAUCGAGUUUAUUUUGCUUGCAAAAGAGGAUAUGGUGCCUUUGGGUCUUCUUACGUCAAAUGUAUGAGGAAUGGAUGGUCGAAAGCAAAACUUCACUGCAGACCAAAAAGCUGUGGAAGCCCAGGUCAGCUUAGAAAUGGCCGUGUAAUUGCAAGUUUUUAUACGUAUGGUAACAAGGUUACGUACGUGUGUAACAAAGGUUAUAGAUUGAUAGGGUUGGAAACAAGAACAUGUUUGAGUAAGCAAAAGUGGAGUGGCAGAAGGCCGAUUUGUAAAGUCAAACAUUGUGAUCCAAAACCACAAUUGGAAAAUGGAAAAUAUGAAGGAUUAUCGACAGCAUAUGGAACAAAGAGAAGUGCCAAAUGUAACAUUGGCUAUAUGUUGCAAGGGAGCAGUCAAAUCAUUUGCAAUGGUGAUAAUUGGGAAUAUGAUAGAGCGAUAUCAAAAUGCGUCAAACAUUGUCGUCCAACCCCACACUUAGAAAAUGGAAAAUUUGAAGGAUUAUCAACAGCAUAUGGAGCAAAGAGAAGUGCCAAAUGUAACAUUGGCUAUAUGUUGCAAGGGAGCAGUCAAAUCAUUUGCAAUGGUGAUAAUUGGGAAUAUGAUAGAGCGAUAUCAAAAUGCGUUGUCAAACAUUGUCGUCCAACCCCACACUUAGAAAAUGGAAAAUUUGAAGGAUUAUCAACAGCAUAUGGAGCAAAGAGAAGUGCCAAAUGUAACAUUGGCUAUAUGUUGCAAGGGAGCAGUCAAAUCAUUUGCAAUGGUGAUAAUUGGGAAUAUGAUAGAGCGAUAUCAAAAUGCGUUGUCAAACAUUGUCGUCCAACCCCACACUUAGAAAAUGGAAAAUUUGAAGGAUUAUCAACAGCAUAUGGAGCAAAGAGAAGUGCCAAAUGUAACAUUGGCUAUAUGUUGCAAGGGAGCAGUCAAAUCAUUUGCAAUGGUGAUAAUUGGGAAUAUGAUAGAGCGAUAUCAAAAUGCGUUGUCAAACAUUGUCGUCCAACCCCACACUUAGAAAAUGGAAAAUUUGAAGGAUUAUCAACAGCAUAUGGAGCAAAGAGAAGUGCCAAAUGUAACAUUGGCUAUAUGUUGCAAGGGAGCAGUCAAAUCAUUUGCAAUGGUGAUAAUUGGGAAUAUGAUAGAGCGAUAUCAAAAUGCGUUGUCAAACAUUGUCAUACAAAACCAAAAUUGGAAAAUGGAAAAUAUGAAGGAUUAUCAACAGCAUAUGGAGCAAAGAGAAGUGCCAAGUGUAACAUUGGCUAUAUGUUGCAAGGGAGCAGUCAAAUCAUUUGCAAUGGUGAUAAUUGGGAAUAUGAUAGAGCGAUAUCAAAAUGCGUUGUGAGUAAUAUAUCAUUAAACAAGCCAGCAGCUCUAUCGACACAGUUUGGUACAAGAACACCCGCAGACAACGCAGUGGAUGGUAGCUUAGUAGGGAUACACGAAACCUGUGCCAUUACAAAAUACCUGAGUUCACCUAGUCCUUGGUUUCGCGUUGAUCUUCAACAGACACUUCCUGUUCGAUCGGUUGCUUUGCAAAACAGAGAUAUCCCUUACUACUGGAAUCGAAUGAACCCAUUUGAUGUUCGCGUCGGCAUGAGUCUGGAGAAUGAUGGUAGAGUGAAUCCUAAAUGCAUCAACGGUGCCAGGUUUACCCAGAUAAACCAAUAUCUCCGUUUGGAAUGUCCUUCAGUAAUGUAUGGCCGGCAGGGGCGUAACUUGGCCAAUAGGUUUGGGGGGGGGGUGAAAAGGGUUUCUGCCCUGCAAAACUGACUGGUGCCCUGCAGACCUCGUAGCAACGGUUUGUCUAUAGGUUACUAGUGAAAGCUUUACCAGUGUACACUGGUCUUUACCAAGGACAAACUUCUAAGCAAUAAAAACAAACUUGAAACUUCAUUGCCUAUGAAAUAUCUAUUUCUCUACGUGAGCGUAAUUUUUUUUAUAUUCACUUCAUUUAAUGUUGGUUUGCAAAAUACUAGCUAAUAA